AUGAGGUUUUUGGUGCUACCCCAAGGUGACUGCGACGCUCCCUACAACCUCAAUCAACACGGAAGGGAAGUCGACAUUGUGCUAGGCAUCGAGGCUUUUUUCGAAUUCUUCGAAUCGGGGCGAAAGAUUACAAUCGGCAAACAUCUACCAAGCCUUUCAGACUCGGUGUUCGGUUGGGUAGUUUGUGGUGGCUGUUCAACUCCUAUCAAUUCUCUACAACUCAACUGCCAUUUCUCAACGUCCAAAGACUUGGAAAAGUUGAUGGCACGUUUCUGGUCCUGCGAGGAGGUGGAAUUCACGGACGCUUAUUCUCUGGAGGAGAAAAAGUGUGAAGAAUUAUUUCAACGUGGAGUUCAAAGAGGUCCAGAAGGUCGUUAUACUAUUCCCCUACCCAAAAACAAAGACGUUCUUCCAAACCUGGACGAGUCACGGGACAUCGAAUUCCAACGUCUUCUCGGAAGGGAACGGAGAUUGGCAAGGGACGCCAACUUACGGGAACAAUACAUCGGAUUCAUGGACGAGUACCUGAAACUGGGACACAUGCGCAAGGUCGAAGAAACUACGGAGGGACCGGUCAAACGGUGUUAUCUUCCCCAUCACCCGGUGGUCAAGGAGGCGAGUACCACCACCAAGGUCAGAGUAGUCUUCGACGCCUCGUGUAAAACGUCAUCCGGAGUGUCCUUAAACGAUGUGCUUCUGGUAGGGCCAGUUGUGCAGGAAGAUUUUAGGGCAAUUAUCCUACGCAGUCGGAUGAAGCAGAUUCUCCUCGUAUCGGACGUCGAGAAGAUGUUCCGACAAAUCCUUACGUGGCUCAAGGAUCGACCACUCCAGUCCGUAUUAUUUCGCUUUUCUCCGGACGAGGAAGUCGCAGUGUACGAACUGAACACCGUUACGUUUCGGCUGCUGUGUUCGGAUGUUACACUUUCGGUGUGCAGUUCUAUCGAGAAUCUCGUCACCGAGUGCGAGUUUGAACACGGUCCGGUUGGUAAAUUAGCUGGGAAAAUUGCUGAUAAUGUGUCCGCUGCGAGUUUUGGCGGUGAUUUGGUGGCCGACGUUGCCGUGAAUCAGCGAGUUCACGGUUUGCAAAAGUGCUCGUCUGCUGGUCUCUCGCGAGUGUCGGAGAUUGUGAGCAAGCUGAAGGAUGCCUCGCUAGAUAGGUAA